GUUUUGCGAAUCUGGCUGGAACACAAGCGAUAAGAGCGUCACCGACGAAACGAAGCUGCUACGAGAUACACGACAAUUAACGAAAGACACGGAGAUACGAUAUUUCACGAUUGAUCAGGACGAUACGGCUGAUAAGAUUGCUAUCUUAUGAGUGGUUAGCUAAUUGGAGCUCGAUCGAUAUCGUGGCGUACCUUGCAGCUGAAACAUAACAAACCCGAUACGAUACCCUAGAUCUAUCAAGCCACGAUGUUGAAAAAGAAGGAAACCCUCACCAUUAUCACGCCCAUCCCGGGCUUCAUCCCCCGACAACUCGCCAUAGAUCUUCUUCACUCCCACGGUGAAAUCAUCACCGUCAAUCCUCUCGUCCUGUCGCACAAGCCCAUCCCCGCUCCUCGACAUGCCGCCGCCGACGAGUACUACAGCACCUGGUACGAGAUCACAGAGCGCAUCCAGUACAUCCCCGGCUUGGGAAAGAUAGGAUCUGGAAAGCUCACGUUCAAUGGAUGUUUCCAUGAUAUGCCGUGGGGUAUGCAGUCCCAUAUUUAUAUCCCGCUUGGUAUCGACAUGCGAAACAAGUACCGCAUUAUGGGGAAUCAGCCGGGUAUUGAACCACCGGAGCAACCUGAGCUUGGACUUGAACAACUCGGUGCACCGAAGGAAGGCCUUUAUCUUCGCACUGAUGUCGAGCUCAAGUGUAACAUCACCUUGAUGGGUUUCGUCAAGGCGGAGUCGAGAAAGGCUAGUGUUGAUAUGGUUAACCGCAUGGUUAAGAAGGCGGAGUUGCUUGAUGCUGGUCUUUUGAAGGCUAUGUUUGAGGAUGGAAAGCUGAAGACGUAUAACCCUAAUGAUCGAUCUGAGGCGAGUCAAGCGAGACAACAGGCUUUGAGACAGCAGACUAUGACGGAGGGUCAGUUCGCUGCUGCUGCUGCUCCACCUGGUCCUGGACCCACGAGCCCAGGUCCUUCUUACGCUCAGCCCUAUGCAUAUGCUCAACAGCAACAACAACCUCAUCUCCAACCCCAACCUUCGCCAACAUACCCCUACGCUCGUCCCGACGCCACCAACUCUCAAUACCCCCAAAGCCCAUACGGCUACCAUCCAAGCCAAACACCUCCACCCAACGCCCAAUACCAACAACAAGCACCACCCGUGCCCCCAAAAACCAACAUCCAAAGCUUCCCCAUGGAACUCCCCGGCGAUUACUACCACCCGCAGCAAUCACCAAACCUGCAACAACAGCCUAGCCCAGGGCAUCCACCCAGCAACUAUCGCAAUUCCACGGGGUCGUAUGACCCGCGAUGGUCGCAGUCCAGCCCAUCGGCUGCUGAUUCGCAUCGCGCGAGUAUGUAUUCGCAGUAUUCGGCGGGAUAUACGUCGCCGGCGCCGGCGCAGCAGAGUUUUGCGGCAGAGUUACCGUCGCAUAAUGAGACGUCGGAGGAGCAUAGGCAUUGAGGGAUGGGAAUUGGAUAAAAGUAGCCGGUCAUUUUAGUGAUGAUACAUGGGAUAGGCGUUCGUUUGGGAUUUUGGGAUGGAUUUGGUGCAGAUACCUUUUGUGAGAAAGUCAGACUCAUCUGUGAGGGUCAAUAG